CGCAUACAUUGGCGAACUUGGGAUGCUGAAAGGAGUUGACUGCAACGAUGGGGUUCAAGUCCGGCAAAAAAACUGUUCCAGAAGGCAGACAUGAAAAGAGCGUCUUGACCACCAUUUUAAAUAUGACAAAUAAAUCACGCACUUACAGUUUCAAGGACCUCGAACUGACUGUGGUUAUGAUGAAUCAGACACGCAAACCUGCCCAGGUCUCCACUCCAAAUGUGCCUGGUCAAACUAAAAUGAUAAAAACAUGGAUUCCAGCAGAGCCUUUCCAAAAUGUCUCUCAGGACCAGAUGAAAGUUGGACUAGUUACCUACAUGUCUGAUCAACAGUUUAAUCAAAAUAAUGUUUCUAUAAUGUCCAAAAUCAUACGGAUUGAAGUUUAUGGACGUGACAUUGUGAAUCUGACUGAUCCUCUUAAAAUACAUUUCCCAGUGAAUAAUUACACAAACCAAUCAAAUUUGCAAUAUGUAUAUUCCUGUCAAUAUUUUGAUGAAACAGGAAAUGACACAUGGAAAACAGAUGGCUGUAACACCACUCAGCUCAGUCAUGAUACUGUGGAGUGCUCCUGUGACCACAUGACCCCUUUCGCAGUGCUUCUAGUUGAGGUGGGCAACAACAACAUUGAUGCCAGCCAGUGGGAGAUCUUGUCGUACAUCAGCUAUGUAGGCUGCAGUCUGUCUACACUGUUUUCUGCAUCCGCGAUUCUCUCCUUCAUUUUCAACAAGAACACAAGGGCGGAGGUGUCCAGCAGCAUUCACGUGUCUCUGAGUGCUGCUCUGUUUCUCCUCAACUCGAGCUUCAUGUUGAGCGAAUGGGUUGCCACGCUGUCCAUGAACGGACUGUGUGUGUUUAUAGCUGUGACUAUACACUAUAGCCUGCUGUCUUCUUUCACCUGGAUGGCCAUCGAAGCCAUGCAUCUUUACCUCCUUCUGGCCAGAGUCUUCAACAUUUACAUCAAGUACUACAUGGUCAAGCUGUCUCUGAUCGGAUGGGGAGUCCCUGCUGCUGUUGUCGGAAGUUUGCUGUCGCUUCAAAGCCAUUAUUCUUUUUAUGGCAACAAAGAAAUCACGUUAUCCAGUUCUAAUCUAACAAAUGCAUUCUGCUGGAUCACAGAGCCUCUCAUCCUGUACGGCGUGAACCUUUCCUACGUCUCUAUCGUAUUCCUGUUCAACACAGUAAUCCUUAUCACAGUGUCCAGACAGAUCUUCAAGUUGAAGCAAGUGGACAAUAAGAAUAAGCUCAAAUCCCUGAAGGAUGCCAUCACAGUGCUGGGGCUCAUGUGUCUGCUGGGUUCAUCAUGGGGUUUGGUCUUUCUUGGCUCUGGAUAUACCAACUACCCUAUACUCUACCUAUUCUGCAUUUCAAAUACAAUGCAAGGGUUUUUUAUCUUUCAGUGGACGUGCAUGACAGCAAGGCCAGAGAAAAAGAAAGCAACUCAUGUCAAGUCUUUAUCCACUGACAACAGCACCAUGGAAAAACCAAAGCAAUAGGCAGUCCCUAACAUUUAAAAUCCUCCAUCGAAAACCACAUAUUUGGGGGUGAUCAAAAUAUUUUACUGUCACUUUUUAGGACAUGCCAAGCACACUAGAUAUUUAUAGUGGACAAGGUGGGAGCUGUCUGUAAGUGUUCAAAGCCACAGGGGACAAUUCAGGCAAUUCUUUCACUCAUUAUCAUUCAUUCUUCCAUUGUAGUGAACAUUAUACGUGGAUUAACAUAUGGAGGGGUGAAUAUGUCAGCUUUCUUCAGUCAUCAACUUUGUUUUAAAUCUGUAUAUCCACCUUUCUUCAGUAUAGAUAUUGUAUAUUGCUUGCUUUUGUGGGUUGGGGUGAAGAAACCUUUUAAAAAAGAUGUAUAGAUGUAUAUAGAUUUUAAAAAAAUUAACAGAUAUAGUUUUACUAUUUAGUGUAUGGAUACGGGUUGUUGCAGAAGGAUUUCAGUUUGUACUAAUAAUGGCUCCUAAAGUGUAAUUGAUUAUUUUUUUCUAUACUGUACAUUUAAUAAACUCAAUAUUUAAUUUAGUUUUUUAAACAACAAUGUUUUGAAAUCAAAAAUACUCUAAAUGCACUGUUUUUUAUUAGAAUGACAAGUCAUUCAGUAGGAUUAUUGAGUCUUUGCACAAAUACUGACAACAUAGUGUUUCUGUCAGACGUGUACAAGGCAGGAAUAUAUUGUCUUGUUUCAUUUUAACUAGUUACAUUUCUCAUAUCUGUUAAGUUUAA